UUUUUCCAUUGUGUAUUGGUCUUGAAAUGGAUUGUUUGUUUGUAUCAGUGCACGAAAAUCGAAUUCGAAAGCGUUGUUCGAAUUUUCGACAUGAUGUCUUUUGACAAGAGCCACUUGCUUCACACAUUUUGUUCCUUGGCAAAUAUCACGUAGUCCACUCUUUGCACCGUAUAAUUUACUAGUGUUUUUCCAUGGUAAAAAUUAAUACAGAUAAGAAUGCCGGAUGUUUUGUGUUCGAUUUGCUAUGAUUCACUCGUGCAGAAAGAAGGUGAUGUUAUUGUCACCGAUUGCGGUCAUUUGUUUCAUCAAAAUUGUUUAUCAAAAUGGCGUUCGCAUAUAUGCGCAGAAUGCCGUUCCGAAAUUCAAGAGUCCGGGAAGAAAAAGGUCUAUUUGAUUUGCUUCGAGCAAACCACUCCACUUGCGCCCAUUUCCGACGAAGUUUUGAUGACAACCAACACGAAUUUGCUGAGCCAAUUGACAGAAAAAGCUGUUGAAAUGGAAAAUAUGGUCGCCAUAUGCUCACACCUUGAAUUGGAAAUAUGCUCAUUGCAGAAGGAAUGCGACAAAAAAAUAGAAAAAAUUCGAAAUAUGGAAAAGGUGGUAGCGGGACGUAACAAAACAAUCAGUUCAAAAGAACAAAACAUUCGAGUACUUCAAUCACAAUUGAAAGAUCUAAAGCUGAAAAAUGGUGCAUUGAAAAAGAGCAAUAACGAAAUCGCAAUCAAAUUGAAAGAUCAAAAAGCACUCGACGCCAACAUGAAAUACAUUUUGAUGGAAAAUCAACGAUUGCAACGACAAAUUUUGAAUGCAAAAUCACCACAGACAGACAGUCAUUCUCCCGGAAAUAAAAAGACGAUGAAAUAGAAUGAAAUGCACACCAUAUUUGACGCGGAAUUAUCAAAUCUAAAUGAAAUUUUAGCUAAAUGUUAUUUUUCAAUCAUUAUUUUAUCAUUCUGCUUUUGCUCUGUUGAAGCAUCAUCUCAAAACUAAGUUUAAUUCAAAAUUCAGACACAAUAAUUGUAUUGAAUGUAAUUUACUACGAAUAAUAAGUUGAACUGAGAAAAAAAUUAAAUGAAUUAUUGCCAUUUUCCAAGAAGAAGAUUACAAAAUGCGGGUGUUUCGACAUUUAAAUUUAAUCAACUGUUGUAUGGAAAAGUUAACGCUCAAUUUGUAAAUGGGAUCGAAAUAAUCUCGAGAGACAAAUAAAAAAUCCCAAGUUAAACUAGCUAAUUUCUCACAAAUUAUUCAAUAAAUAUUUCUGAAUUGUAAGCAAAUUA